CACACUGGCUGAUAGGUAUCUGCACGCGCGCGCGUACGUGUGGUAUUCCACUACGAAUCUAUCCCUGAUCUAAAGGUUUCCACUCAGGAUCUAUAUCCUGAUCUAGCUAAAGUUCUAAACUAGCUUAGACUAGCCACACCAGUAUAUGCAUGGUGCCUAUAUAUAUCAACUCUUGAUUAAGACAAGACAAUCGACGCUACGACGCCACGCCAAUAGACGCAGAUUAAUUCAUCGAUCGUCUGGGCGCCAUGGAUAGCAGCAGCUGGAUCAAUGCCUAUGGCAACAGCACCACCGGCAAUAGCGGCUUCAUGUGCGGCUACGCUGCAGGGCUGCAGUGCAGGGAUGGGGAUGAGCAGCAGCAGCAGCACGACCUGCUCGUCACAUCCCAGAUGCAGCACCACCUCAACCAGAUCAGCAUGGAGAUGAGCAUGGACGACGAGUCAGCUCUGUACAACGCCCCUUCCGGCGACGGUGCCGCCUUGGGCGUGCAGCAUGCCGUCGACUUCUUCCUCCCUUCGCACCACGCCGCCAGCAGCGUUCUCCACACCUCGUCAUCCACCUCCUCCUCGUUCCGAUCUGCCUCGAUCUCCUGCAGCCCGGAGAACUCCUCGGCGCAGGUGCUCACGGCUCCAACGACCGGAUGCCUGCAGUUCCCGGAGGUCUCAUCAAACGUGCCAUUAAUGGUGCUCCCUUACGACGACCACCAGCACCACUACGUCAAUUUCGACUUCCACGACGAUACUGUGGCGGCAAUCGCGGCGCCCGGUGGGAAUGCGAUGUCGACGACGCCGAGCGCGUUCAAGCGCUACGCGCGGCACCUCGGCCCCAGGCAUAGGAGGCCGAAGCCGGCGUGCGGGCAGAGGAUGUUCAAGACGGCCAUUUCGGUCCUGACCAAGAUGCACACGGGCAUGAGGCAUCAGUCCUACUACUACCAGCAGGCAGCGGCGGCCGAGCCGCUGCAGCCGUCAGGGAACCAGCUGCAGCACAUGAUCUCCGAGCGCAAGCGCCGGGAGAAGCUCAACGACAGCUUCCACGCUCUCAAGACCGUCCUCCCUCCUGGCUCAAAGAAAGACAAGACAUCGAUACUAAUCACGGCGAGGGAGUACGUGAACUCUCUCAAGUCCAAGGUCUGCGAGCUCGAGGAGAAGAACCAGGUGCUCCAGGCGCAGCUAGCCCAGCGGGCCAACAGCGACAACACCGGAGAAGACGCAGAGACCAAGGCCGGCGAGAAGGUCGAGAUCGAGAUAACGAGAGACGACUCUACGGCGGAUCAGGAAGACCAGGUUUGCACGGUGAAGAUCGCAGUGAUCAGGUCGGAGUGCAGCGGCAACAUGACGAACGUGGUGCUCGGGACUCUGCAGCGCCUGAAAGACGAGGUGGGUGAAGAUGUCACCCUGGUGGCGAUGAGCAGCAGCGACGUCGACGGCGGAGGCGAGGCUCCCCGAGCAAGCCUGACGAUGCAGCUCAAGUCAGCGUCGGGCGCCAAGUGGGGGGAGGCGGCGGUGAGGGAAGCCGUGGCGAAGGCCGUCGCCGAUGCGCUGCCGGUCAGCCGGUCGCAGUCAACAGAGACGAUGACCGCCCCGCGCCGUGGCGAGACCGGCCGGUCUCGGGUUUCGGCAUUAGCCAAGUGAUUAUGCUGCAUACUACUCCUGUACGCUGCUUCGCCGAGGCUUCAUGCAUGCCAAUGAAAGCCCGUGAUCAGCUCGAUCGUUUGAGUCGUGGUCCACGCCUCAGGAGACCGCCGCUAGCUUAGCUUAGCUAUAGGCACAAGCCCACCCACCCACUGACGGCGCAGUUUGGUGUGGUGAGAAGAACAAAAGGUGGAGUACUCCAGUAGAAUGGUAGAACGAGAUGUAGGAAAAGGGAUACUGUGGACUCAUGCGCGAUCAUGUAUAUAUACACAUCUUUUUGUGGAUCCUCGAAACUGUGUGGACCGAGUGCCGGACACGUAAGGGCGGUCAAUUUUGUUGACACAAAUUUUGGAAGUCUAGGCACGAAGUCCUGAAACCGUACAUGUGAUGUGAUCAGUAUGACACCAUGUCGCCCUUCGAGGGGGGACAAUUCAUACGAGUUUUAC